AUGGGCAUCACUAUGGGUCCCUCGGUGGAUAACGUCUUCGAGCUUGUCAAUUCACGCUCAUCCAUGUCCACACCGACGCAAGAUCGCUCAAGAGACGAUCCGCCUUCUCCUCCACCUCAGCCCCCACCUAGUCCAGCGCACUGGAACCGUCUCGUCUCGCUCGAAUUCCUUGCUCCACUAGAGAUCUGA